CGUCCUCGAGGAUGUCAUCGCGGAGCGGGUUCCCGGAGAUCUGUCCGCGAGUCGUUUCCCAGGAACCGAGGACCAUGAUGUAACCGAAGAGGAAGAUGACUCUCUCCCAGGACAGCGCGACCACCAUCGUCUGCAGGGAGGUUUUCGACGAGGCCUCGCACCCCUCGAACGAAGAGGUUCUGGAUUAUGCGAAGCGGCUGGGAAUCGAUCCCGAUGCGGAACCGCACCUCUUGGACCUGGCGCGGGAAGGCCUCAUGGCUGCCCUGCCGAAGGGGUGGCUACCCUGCUACCACGAGGCCACGGGGUCGUGGUAUUAUUACCAGGCCUCCACGGGUACCACCACCUGGGAACAUCCCCUGGAUGCGGUCUACAAGGAAAUGGUGGAACAAGCCAGGAGUGGUAACCGACAGAUGAGCGUCGAGGAUGAUUCCAAGACGACGGCCAAAGAUCUGGAGUCCCACGAGGAGGCGACUUUGCCGAAGGAGACGCCUCUGAAGGAAAUCCCGAAGCCGGCCUUUCCUCAGUCGAAGAUCCCCUCUAAGUUGGCACCCUUGAAGAAGAGCAAGCUGGGCGCUAUCAGCAAAAGGGACUCGUCCUUGGAGAAGCUGCAGACCAAGAGAGACGACUCGAAGACGGAGAAUCCGAGCAGUCUGGCGAACGACAGAGCUUCCAGGGAUUAUACGAACCUCAGGUUCCAGGACCCGCGAUUUUACGAGCGUCCGAAACUGCUGGACGAGGCGGAGAAGAAGGAGCUGGACCUGAAGGAGGUCCUGAAGAGGUCGGAGUCGAUGAGCCCCAGGUACGAGAAGGACUGGGAGCAACUGUCCAGUAGGUUCAGCUCCGAGGAGAACAUCAUCGACAUCGACAAGCUCAGCAUCAGCUCCCUGACGAAAUCGGACAAGCCUCUGGAGAAGCUGACGGAAAAGUUCGACAAGGAGAAGCACCCCAAACAAUUGGGCCAGCAGAGAGAGCUGACCCUGAGCGGGGGUGGGUCCAUGUUCCUGAAGAGCAACAGAAGCAGAGAUACCACGCCUAGUCACGAAGUCUGCAGAAUGGAGGACUUUCAGACCUCGAUCAGAAACGAAGGUGCCGGAAGCAUGGCCGGAGAGAAGCCGAAGUCGAUCCUCCGGGAGAAGGCGUCCGAAGAUGACGACAGACCUGCGGACGAGGAGCGAAAAAUCGUGCGGUUCGACCUGGACAAGGAGGUCUUCAUCAAGUUCACGUAUUCCGGAUCCGAGGAGGAGUGGGACUCCGGGUCGGAGGACCACAUCCCGACCGCGACGGUUCCAGGAUCGUCCUUGAUCCCCGGGAAAGAGGACCUCGUCAUGGGGUCCUCGACGGAGAACAAAGAGGAGGACUCCGCCAGCAAGGAGUCGGAUAAGAAGGUGCAGGAGACCCUCCUGGACAGACUGGACACGUUCCUGAAGAGGCCGAAGGUUGUGGGCAAGCGAUUCCUCGUGGAGAACGUCUCGGAGAACGAACACCUCAGCCAAAUGUCUCGAGACCGAUCCGAAGAGCUGGACAGCGACUACGUCCCGAGUAAAUUCGAGAACAUAAAGAACAUCGACCUGAUGUCGAAGAGCGACACCGAUAGCGGGCCCAAGAGCAGCGAGUCCAAGUCCAGCAUGCUGGAGGAGAUCCGGAAGAGCAAGGAGAUCAUGCUGGAGACCAUGAAGAAGUCCGACCAGAAGAUGAGGCAGGAGAUGCAGCGAGAGAAGGAGGAGACCUACCACUUGAUGAAGAUCAAAUACGACUUGGAAUCCGCGAGGCAGGAUCGAAUGCAGCCGGUAAAGGACCUCGAAGAGGCGAAACUCGAACUGAGCAAGAAAUACGAACGAAACCUGGAGUCGAUGAAGAAAGACCUCGAAGAGAGGCUGGAGGAGACCAGGAAGGAGCUGGAGGAGAAUUUCCAUAAAGAAAAGAGGUCCCUAGUAGAGGAGUCGCUAACUAGGCUCAGGGAGCUGAAGACUGAGAUGAAGGACAGGGAGGAACAGGAGAUCCAUUGCUUAAUUUCUGAGAUGGACCGAGAGCGCCUGGAGAACCUGAAGAAAGUCAGGGGGGAACUGGAAUUAUGCUACGAGAAAGAGAAGCAGGAGAUCCUGGCGAACCUGAAGAGCGAACUCGAGGAGAAGAGGAAGGCACUGCUAGACCUUCGAAAUCAGGAAAUCGAGAAACUGGAAAAAGAACACGAGCGCCAUUUAAGCGAGGAUAAACUGGCAAAACUGAACGAGUACGAGCUCAACGAAAGACACAGUGAACAGAUCGAGACCCUGAAGAAGGAACUCGAGAAGGAGCUCGACGAGUUGCGGACCGAGCUGAGGACCCAGCAGAGGGAGAAGAUCUCCAAAAUGACCGAAGACCAUGAAAAGUGCCUAGCAGAGAUUCUUCGGGACUUCAGAAUGGAUGAGAGCUUGGCUCGCAAAGUUUACAAGCAACGACUAGAAGAGAUCAGAGCAGACUUUUCGCUGGACAUCGACAGAGAGACGAAGAAGCAGAACGAAAGGGUGGCGCGGCAAGAAAGCAUCGAUUUCGAGAAAAUCCGUUGCGAGAAGCGGCUACUGGAGGACAAGUACAAAUCAUUGAAGGAGAAGUACCUGAAGCUGAAGAACAACAUGAGAUUGGCUGUCGAGAGGAGGAGCAAACGAAGGGAGGGCAACACUACGGCGUCGGAAACCGAGAAAUCCACAUCGGCAAGGACAAGGACGGAGAUAACCGACUCAUCGGAACAGAAACUGCUGAAGAAGGCGCACUCCACCCUGAAUCCGAGCCAGAAGAGCAAGGAGCAGGAAGUCGAGGACCAAAGCGGUGCCGAGGAUUCGGAGGGCCAAAGGACGACCACGGGGUUUCCAAAGCCCGGCAGGAGCGGCGCGGGAAAAUUCGAAUCGGACGACACCACGACGGCCAGCGAGACCAACUCGAACCUGAAGAAGCGGAAGAGCUUCUCGAAGAAGGCCGCCAGCACGACGAGGCUGAACAACAACGUCGAGAACCCGGUGGAGAACAUCAGGAAGCAGCUGGAGAAGCUGGAGGACCUCGGGGACCAGUUGCCGAGUAACGAGACCGCUUACACCUUGCGAUAUCCUUUCCAGGACAAAGCACCCGCUAAUGCUUCCUCGGAACUGGAGUUCUUCCGGCAUCGCAUCCACGUGGAGAGAGAUUCCAUGAGGAGAGCUCGCGAGGCUUUGCGGCAGCAACGAAGUGCUUUCCAAGGCAGGCGAAGAGCCUGGAAACAACGAAGUACCUGGGCGACUCUUGAACAGCUGGUUCAGGAGGAGAGGGAGCUGUCCGACAUGGAGGUGAGCUUGCACCGCACCAGGAGUCUCCUGGGCGAGAAAGUGAUCCACCUGAAGCACCUGGAGCAGUCCCUGGAAAGGGUGGCCAGGGCCAAGAAGGGCGACAGCGACUCGGCAGCCACGAAGAACGACGAGCUGACUUUGAGCGACAUGUCCAGCGCCAGCAGUGGAUUCAGCUCUACCGAUCUUGGCACCGACACCUUCAUAGACAAGCCGGAUCACUAUCAGGAGUCGACGGAGAUCAUAGCAAGCCUGGAGAACCUGAACUCGGAGAUCCGCGAGAUCUGGGGAGUCCUGAACAAGCGACAGGACAACAACAUCCCUCCACCACCGACGCUGAUGUACUCGGACCUCGGGUGGCUUCCGUACCACCAUGUGACCUCCCAGCCGAACAAUGUGCAAGCCUUCGGGACCCCGAACAUCCAGUCGAACAUCCUGUCCCAGCUGACGGGGGCGCAUCCGCCGACGACCGCCACGCAGAACAUCAUAGCCCAGUAUGGACCCAACAGCGGAUACUCGACCAGCGUGGGAACCGUCGAGAGGACAGCCUCGAACCUGAUGGAGCGAACAAGGAACCUCAGGGACUGGCUGCGACAAGCCCGAGUGGAGAGCACGGACCUGGUCAGUCCGGGUCAGGCGACCCUGUAAAUCCAGCCCCGACUGGACCCUCCUCUUCGAGGUCCACCAACCCCAGACUUCCGCACAAAAAGGAGAAGGACCCGCCGCUGUGGAAGCGCAUCUGUCGGUUCCUGCUGAUGGCCGCGCCGGUGCCAAGACCCAGGAAACGCCAUCACCUCUCCAGGAUGGGCUGAAUCAGCUGAUCAGCUGAUCAGCUGAUCGGGAGACAGACUCGCGCAAACAUGGAUUCUCCGACUGAUCUCGACUCCUAAGUUCCAGGCAGGCCAGGGGAAGUCUAUUCGCUGGUCGGAUACUUCGUCCCGAGGGAUUUCGUGGUCUAGAGGUCGAUCCUCGAAUUCCUACGGAUUUUUAUUUCCCAUAAAGAAUAGAGUUGUAUGACAAAUUUUUCAUUCAUCCGAGCUCGAGUCAUUGGUCAACGUUGGUCAACGUGUCAGUGGUCAACAACAAAGCCGUACACGAGACUGUCAGUCUCGCACGCGAAUGAUAUCCAUUUGAACUCGAGAAUCCAGGACCUGGGCUCCUCUUCUGGAAUUCCCUAGAUCAAGCUUCGCAUGGGAAAUUGUCCAAUUUGUUAUACGACUUGCAAACGUUGACCGAUGACUCGAGUUUGCAACAAUGGGAGAUUUUUUCAUGGGAAUCUGUUCCUACGGGAACGAGAUCCGUGUAAAUUCGAGGAUGGGGUUCCUGGUCCCAGGGGAACCAGGGAACUGGAAGGGUAGCUCGCGCAAAUGGCAGGUCGUUCGGUAUCGUUCUGUUGGGUCGUGGAAUACGUUCCCGCCGCUUUUAACAUAAAGUAGCGCAAUUAAGACGGCCGCAACUUGUUCCUCGACCUGAUGUUUAGGGUGAUUUAGGGGUACCUGGAAGACUGAUGUCCAAAGCCUCGACCCGGGAUGAAAAGCGAAGGACCCCCGGUACCUCGACGCUUUUCAUGCCGCAUCGAGAGCGCAGUCGGUACGCACUUUUGACUACUUUUUCAGAGGUUCUUUAAUAGUUAAGUUCGCGUUUCCGUUUUGAGGUAAGACCUUCGAAGCUCGGUUCGGCCUCGAGUUCAAGUUAAUCCCCGAUUUGAUGCGUGCCUCCCCUCUCGUAUACGACUUUACGUGGGCUCGAGACCUCCUAACUCUCUCGACGCUGGAUAUAGUCAUUCCGGUACGGUGGAUUUGUACAUUCUUAUGGUGUCGAGGGCGGCUCAACGUCCUCCUCAUCGGCUACCCGAGGGGACUGAUCGAGUGUGGAAUAAAUCUCUCUCUUGUACAUAAUGCACAACUAAAUCCGUUAGUCCGACGUAUAUUUUCGAGAUUGAUUUUGUUGAGGAAUGCUAUGUAAUAUACGUAUAUGCAUAUAUCGAUUAUAGUAUAUUUCAGAUUAUUUAUAGACGUAAACGUCGAUAUAUUCUAUACUGGGUUAUGUCAUCCGAUGUGAGGCGAUACGUAACAAUCUCCAUCCGUAUUUUCGUUAUCUGCAAGAGGCGUGAAGAGUCUAACAAUUGGCAUCGAUUGCGUGUAAUUAAGAGUCAAGUGCGACCGUUCAAUUAACUCGCCUUUGGAAAACGGUUGGGGAUAUUAAGUUGACAUGAAAGGGUCAUUCUAUAUAUUAUAUAUAUAUUAAACGUCAAAAUAUUUUUAUUAUUUUUCUCCGAACUGGGGACACGGAGUCAUUUGAAACUUCAACGCGUGAUUAUG